AAAAAAGACGGCUUUCUUGCUUUUCCUUGUGAAGUUGGCUCUCUGUUUUCUCUCUUAAUCCGACGAAAGACAACAGGAUUUAUCUUUUCCACUAGAAAAUUUAUAUUAAACAAUAAUGUAAUCUUUAGAUUAUCAAUCAAUCAAUCUUUCUUCUUUGUUUUCUUUCUUGUUUCGAUCGGAUCUGAAGAGCUCUCUUCAAAGAACCAGAAAGGCACGGGACACCACCACCCACACAACAACAUCUACAACAGCUUUACGGAAAAAAGUUGUUUCACUUUCUCUCUUGGUGAGCUGUCCAGUCAUGAGACUUUGCUUGCUCUGCAUUGCCAUCUCUGAUUAGUGCUGGUGUUGAGUUCCUAAAUGGAGUCACUUGUUGCUGGAGUUAAAUCUUCAUCGAAGACUCAACUUUCCCCAUCGAAGACUCAACUUUCCACAUCAGCGGUAGGCAGUAACCCUCCUUCCAAUUCUGGGACCCCUAGACCAUCCCAGCCACCAUCUCCGAAACAGUGUAGAAAUGAAAUGCCUUCAACCCCAUCCCAUGCAACUGGUCACAAUCAUGGAGUAAAGUCAGUCCGCCUUCCAAAUGGAUCUGCAGUCAAUCAUAAGCAUAUGCAUAAAGCCACCCACAAUGGUAUUCAGCAGGAGGAGUUACCCAAUAUGGCAAAACACUUUUACGAUUCGAAUAAGGGGAAAUCAGAAUGUGUGCGCAAAAAUGAUGUCUAUGUUAAAGCAGCAGAAACUUCUUUGCAGAGGAAGGUGCUGAUGGUCGACACCAGAUCCUGUACCAAGCAACCUGUUGAUGACCCUGAGAAUGUGAGUUCUGCUAGCUUGCUGGAAUUAGAGCGUAAUGUAUCAGGCCCAUCUCAAGGAGGUAUUGAGCAGUUGAACAGCCAUUUGGCAUCUCAACCAACAAUAAAAUUAUGUCCAAGUCCUUCAAACAGUGUCUAUACUGCAACUCUAUAUGCCGAAGCCAAACAGAGUUUCACUAACACAGAGGUGAGCGAAUGUGAAAGUGGCAUUGAAAAGUCUGGUGAAAGUCCUGAAGCUAGUUACUCCUGCGAUAUUGAAAGCAGAAAAACCAGCAUCUAUAGAGGCAGCACUGGUAGUGACCUUAGCGAUGAAAGCAGCUCCAGCAGCUUAAGCAGUGCCAUGUACAAGCCUCACAAGGCCAAUGAUAUAAGAUGGGAAGCAAUUCAGGCUGUCAGAACUCAUGUGGGUGUGUUGGAAUUAAAGCACUUCAGAGUGUUGAGAAGACUUGGAUGUGGAGAUAUUGGAAGUGUUUAUCUAGCAGAGUUGACAGGCACAAGGACUUUUUUUGCAAUGAAAGUUAUGGAUAAAGCGGCCCUGGCAAGUAGAAAGAAGCUACUUAGGGCCCAAAUCGAAAGAGAGAUAUUGCAAUCCCUUGAUCAUCCAUUCCUGCCCACUUUGUAUUCACACUUUGAAACAGAGAAGUUAUCUUGCCUAGUGAUGGAAUACUGUUGUGGGGGAGACUUACAUGCUCUCAGACAAAGACAGCAUGGGAAGUAUUUUCCAGAGCAUGCUGCCCGGUUUUAUGUAGCCGAAGUUCUCCUUGCUUUGGAGUAUUUGCACAUGCUUGGGAUCAUCUACAGAGACUUGAAGCCAGAGAAUGUGUUGGUGAGGGAAGAUGGGCACAUAAUGCUUUCAGAUUUCGACCUUUCUCUAAGAUGUGCCGUCUGCCCCACUCUAGUCAAAUCAUCAAACUCAAGCGUGGAGCCAAAAAAUUCGGGAUACUGUGUGCAGCCUUCUUGUGUUGAACCUAGUUGCAUAGUACAGCCAGAUUGCAUUCAACCAUCAUGUUUUGCACCACGCUUCCUAUCAGGCAAGCCUAAGAAAGAGAAAAAGAACAAACCAAAGAAUGAGGUCUACCAUCAAGUGAGCCCUCUCCCGGAGCUCAUUGCUGAACCUACUAAUGCCCGAUCGAUGUCCUUUGUGGGUACACAUGAGUACUUAGCGCCUGAAAUCAUUAAAGGUGAAGGCCAUGGAAGUGCUGUAGAUUGGUGGACGUUUGGUAUCUUUCUCUAUGAGCUUUUGUUCGGUAAAACUCCUUUCAAAGGAGCAGGAAACCGCGCUACUCUCUUUAACGUGGUUGGCCAGUCACUGAAAUUUCCAGAGCAUCCAACUGUGAGCUUUGCUGCUAGGGACUUGAUAAGAGGCUUACUCGUAAAAGAACCACAACAUCGGCUAGCUUAUAGACGCGGAGCUACUGAAGUGAAACAGCACCCAUUCUUUCAGAAUGUGAACUGGGCACUCAUUCGCUGCACAAGUCCACCGGAGGUUCCAAAACCAGUCGUGUUGGAUUUCUCUCCAAAUCCCAAUGCACCAAAAGCACCCACAACUAACGAGGUGCCAGGAGUAGAUGUCAAACCCUCAGGUAAUUAUUUAGAGAUUGAUUUCUUUUAGUACUUUUCUUUUCCAUUUGAACCCGACUUGUUGUGGAAUGUGCGAGGGGGAUGCAAAUUUAUUGUUUCUUUUGAUAAGCACAUGUAACUGCUCCUUUAAACAGAAGCUUCAUUAGCAACACCAAGGGAAUCAAUUGCAUUAAAAUGUGAAAUGGAGUUUUCUGAUCUUUCAUUCUGUAAAUCCUGUCACCAUACCUGGAAAUUCAUAUAUUCUUGAUACUGAUAUGUACUUGUAUUA